CCGCCGGGCCAGCUCCACCAUCUCGCGACCUCCCUUCACCUCUCCAUACCCUCCGCGCACCCUCUCUUGCAUAGCAUUGCGCGUUUGCACUUCCCCAUCAUGUUCUCCGGUUCUUCGUCCUACCUGGGCGGUGGGUAUAGCGCUCGUCCCGGCGCUCCACAGUACGGCCAGCAGCAGCAGCCGCAGCAGCCCUUCCAAAGCCAACCGCCUCAGUACGGCAAUCAGGCGCAACCGACGGGCUUCGGCCAGGCACCACUGCAACAGCAGUACACUGGCUACCCCAGCGGCGGUGGACUCCAGCCUCAAGCUACCGGCUACUCACCUCAAGCCCCCCAAUCCAGCCAAUACUCCCAACAGUCGCAGUUCCCGGGCUAUCAACAGCCCCAGCCCACAGGCUACCAACAACCUCAGCCCACCGGCUUCCAACAGCCUCAAUCUGCGGGCUUCCAACAACCUCAACCGACCGGCUUUCAAUCGCAGCUACAACCGCAGCAGCAGCCGCAGCAGACCGGCUUUCAGCAGAAUGGCUUCAAUUCGCAGCCCGCACCUCAACCGCAAGUCCCGCAGAAGACGGGGCUCACAAGCGCAGAUAUGGCCAACUCGUUUCGAUCGGCUCCAUCGCAAUCCCCCGCGCCCUCUUCCAUCCCCAAGGCCAAAGGCAGUCGCAUACCCAACAUCCGCCUCUCCUUUGUCACCGCCACCGAUCAAGCCAAGUUCGAGCAACUCUUCAAGAGCGCGACAGCGGGUGAACAAGCCCUGAGUGGAGACAAGGCAAAAGACUUGUUGUUGCGGAGCAACCUGGAUGGAGACAGCCUGGCGCAAAUCUGGGUGCUCGCAGACACCACAAAAAGCGGCCAAUUGCUCUUCCCCGAGUUCGCACUGGCCAUGUACCUGUGCAACAUCAAGCUGACGGGUAAGGCGUUGCCAACGUCGCUGCCGGAGAAGGUGAAGAACGAGGUCAGCAGCAUGGUGGACAUCAUCUCCUUCGGCGUCGCAGAUACACCUUCCGAAGCCCCUCGAAGCAACGCGCCAAAUUUUAGCGAGCCGCCAAAGAUUGUUCAACCUCAGCCUCAGCAGCCCAACAAUACGCAACUGAUGCAACAGCUUACCGCGCAGCCCACCGGUGCUUUCCAGAUCCCCCAGGCCACCGGCUAUGCGCAGUCAAUUCAACCGCAGCAGACCGGCUAUCCGGGACCCCAAAGCCAGUUCGGUCAGCAACUGCAACAGAAUCCACAGCCUACGGGCUACUCUGGAUUGCGCCCACCAGUCCCACCCAUGCCCACCGGAUUCAAUGCAAACCAAGGUCUUUCUCCGCAACCCACUGGCUACCCGGUUGCGCCAUUGAACGCUCAACCCACCGGCAGACCCGGCCAAUGGGGUCUCGUGAAUGCGCCAGCAUCCGGCCUGCCCAAUUUGCAGGCUUUACAAGAGCAAAUGAUGCCGCAGCCAGGCCGUGAAACCGGCUUCUCCGCUCACGGACUCCGUGGCAAUGCUACAGUGCCCUGGGCCGUGACCAAAGACGAGAAGAAGAUCUACGAUGAUAUGUUCAAGGCGUGGGAUGGCUUUGGGAAAGGUUUCGUCUCCGGUAGCCAGGCCAUCGAAAUCUUCAGUCAGUCGGGACUCGAAAAGCCAGAUCUGGAACGGAUUUGGACACUGUCAGAUCCUCACAACAAAGGCCGAUUGAACUUGGAUGAAUUCGCCGUCGCGAUGCAUUUGAUCUACAGGCGUCUCAAUGGUUACCCAGUCCCCAAUCAGCUUCCGCCUGAGCUGGUCCCUCCGAGCACGAGACAUCUGAACGAUAGCAUCGGUGCGAUGAAAAAUUUGCUCUCGGAAGACGCUCAGUCGAGAAAGUCUUCGGGCGGGUUCCUGUCGCCGCAAAGGACGGGCGUGAGCUACAUGAAGACGCGGUCUUUCCAUGCGAAUGGUGCAUCUGCAGGGAGGAAGGACGGCACAGCCUUCAAGAAUAAUGAUGAUGCUGUUGGUUACCGCUCAUCCGCAAGGAGGCGAGCGGGUCAUCAGGACGACGGACGAAGUUCCAGUCCGGCCUUGAGCGAUAGCACGACUGGUACUGCUGUGGACGAGAUGACCAUCGAGCAGCUCAAAAAGACCAUCCGUGAGAAGCAGGUGCUACUAGAUGCCAUGGAUUUCGAAGACGAAGGCAACGCCGACGAGGAAGACGCACUGGACCGCAAAGACCGAAAGGCGAGCGAGGAGCUAUUCCGCCGAAUCCGGAGCAUCCAAGAAGACAUCGACUCUCAUCCUGCAUCUGCGUUCAAGAGCGGCGACAGUGACGCCGAGCGAAGGACGAUGCAGAGAAGCCUGCGAGGACUGCAGGACCGGUUGCCGGAGCUCGCUAGCCAGGUCCGGAAGUGCGAACGCGCGAUCGCAGAAGCACAAUUGGAGCUGUUCAGGAUGAAGGACGCCAAAGCGCACCCUGGAUCUGCUUCUGCUAUCGUCGGCACUGGUCCCGGCGGUGCUGUCACUGAGUCGGAUCGAGUCAAAGCUAGAGCGAAAGCAAUGAUGCGCCAGCGUUCUGCCGCCCUCUCCGGGAAGAAGGUGGAAGAUGCCGAUGAUGGAACUGCCGCCGCGCAAAGACUGGAGACCGAGAGCAGCCGUGUCGCUCGCGAGCGGGAGGACAACGAGAAGAUGGUCAAAGACGUGGAAGAAAGUGUGACGGAGUACUCGAGGUCACUGGAGCAAGGGCUCAAGGAGGGUGGGGAGAGCGCGCAAAAUGAACAUGAGAAGCGCAGGUGGGAGGAGGGAUUGGGCGUUGAGGACGAGGUGAAGGACUUCAUCUUUGACCUGCAAAGAAGUUCACGAUCGGCGAGGAUUAGAAACGAAGAGAAGGUGCAGCCCCCACAGCCUGCCAGCGUGGAGGUUACAAGCGGAGCGUCUACUCCGAUCAGUAGGACUGACAGUCCUGCCUCGUCGCGAGCCGUCGCUCCCUCGACUACUCCUCAAACCUCGGGUUCGAGCUACUCGAGCUACAAAACUGCGGAAGAACGCGCGGCAUUCAUCAAGCAGCAGGCAGAGCAACGCAUGGCAGAACGUCUGGCUGCGCUUGGCAUUAAGGCGCCGGCCAAGGCAGGCGAGACUGCGGGACAACGCGCGGAACGUGAGCGCAAGGAGCGCGAAGACAAGCUCAAGCAGGCGGAGGAGGAAGAUGCGAGAAGAGAAAAAGAGCGUCAAGCACGACUCCAGGGCGAAGGGAUAGAGCCACCACCCGCAGCUGCCGGGAUUGCCUCGCCUCCGCCAGGCAAAGCCAAACCGCCGCCUCCAGCCCCCAGGAAGGGCCGCAGCGAGAGUGUGACGAGCGAGCAAAGCCAAGUUGAUGCGGAGAAGAAGCGAGCCGAGACUCAAAUUAAGGAGCAGGCUCUCCGAGAGCAGCAGGAAGCCAUGGCCAACGAGACCAAGGAGAUGGAAGAUGAAGGAGCUCGCCAAGAGCGCGACUUGCAAGCCCAGCGUGAAGAGCAGGAAGCCAAUCUGCGUGCUCUUGAGGAGCAGGUCAGGGCUGGCAAGAUCAAGAAGGCGGAAGGGAAGAGGCAGAGAGAGGCUGCCAAGAAGGAGGCGCAGGAGAAGGAGGCGAGGCUGGCUGCGCAGAAGGCGGAGAUCGACGCGGCCAAGCAACGAGAAGCAGAGCUUCGACGACAGUUGGAGAGUCUGGAUGAUGAUGACGACGACAGCGAGGAUGAAUCGGCGCCGCCGGUCGUCACAAGCGUGCAGCGAGAUGUCACGUCCCCACCUGCGGUGCCAACGAUGCCAGAGGUCACCAGCCCGCCAACAGAUGCUGCACCGCCAGCCCCGCCACCUCCUCCGCCUAUGCCAGAGGCCCGCAGUCCACCUCCCACCGAUGCGGCGAGCCCGCCAGAACAGUCCAAGAACCCAUUCUACCGCAGCAUGUCUUCGGUUGGGACGACACCUGCAGUGGCAAGUCCCGCUGGCGAGAAGAAGGAGACCAACCCCUUCCACCGCAUGACGAACCAAGAGGUCGCGAAACAACAAGAAGCAAUUGCCAAUCCUCCCUCGGCACCGUCUCGUACGCGCGGCAAUGUCGACGCCGACGAUGACGAUUGGGACAAAGAUAGCUCGGAGGAUGAAGAGGAAGAAGACGAUGGACCGCAGAGCGGCAGCGCAAAGCAACUGGCGUCGAUCCUCUUCGGCACAAUGGCGCCACCUAAGCCGUUGUCAGGAGCCGACAGUCCUGCCUCGCGAGGGCCAGGCUCGCCCUUUACGCCCGUAGCAGCCUCGACCGCUUCUCCGCCUCCUACAUCCGCUGGUCUCGGAUCACCUCCUCCUCCGCCUCCGCCACCGCCCAUGCCCGGCUCAGGCGCUCCAGCUGCUCCUCCUCCUCCACCUCCGCCUCCUCCACCCGGAAGUGAUGCAGCCCCCCCUGCUCCUCCUCCUCCGCCACCUCCAUCAGGAGGAGCGGCGGUGGGUGGAGGUGUGCCGGAUCGCAGCGGCUUGCUCGGAGAAAUCCAGGCUGGCAGGGGUCUGAGGAAGACACAGACGAAGGAUCGGAGUCAGGCUUCUACGGCCGGAAGGGUGCUGUAAAGAUGCCUUGUACCGUAGUUAUCAGCGCCCUUGGCUUGGCACUUUCGUUUUUCCCGGCUGGUGGGUCAAUAUACGGAGUGCUGAGAGGUUGAAUUUUAAUCACGCAUAAGCACUGUUCAUAUUGCAGAGUAACGAGUGACCCCCCAAACCUGGAAGCGUGUGAUCAUUCCCUGCUCGUGUCGCACCGCCAAGCACCAACCAAAUCUUGGCCAUGCUUGUCGUCUUCGAGUGUUUCGAGCAUCUUACGCCCGUAAAGUGACAUUGGC